ACAGUUAUGGCUUUCUACAAAGUGAUCUGUGUGGCAGCUCUGCUGACUCUCCUGACACAAGAGUCUCAGUCACAACUAGAUGUUUGUGGCAUUGCGCCACUAAACACCAGGAUUGUAGGAGGGGUGAAUGCUCCUGCAGGGUCGUGGCCCUGGAUGGCUAGUCUGCAGAGCUGCGGAUUUCAUUUCUGUGGAGGCUCCUUGAUCAAUGACCAGUGGGUCCUGAGUGCUGCUCACUGUUUCUCCAGGACCAGCACAUCCGAUCUCAUCGUUUACCUCGGACGUGACUCCCAGGAGCUCUCGAACCCUAACGAGGUGUCGCGGACUGUUUCCAAGAUCAUCAUAAAUCCCGACUAUGACGCCUACUCAUACAACAACGACAUAGCCUUGUUGCAGCUGUCCUCACCUGUUACCUUCACCGACUACAUCAGCCCAGUGUGUUUGGCAGCAGACGGCAGCGUCUUUAAUUCAGGAACGACCUGCUGGGUCACCGGAUGGGGAAACAUCCAAGAUAACGUUUCACUUCCUUACCCAGACUAUCUGCAGGAGGUUAGUGUUCCCAUCGUGUCCAACAGUGAUUGUAAUGCUAUAUACGGUUUAAUCACAAACAACAUGAUGUGUGCCGGUUUCCCCCAGGGAGGAAUGGACGCCUGCUACGGGGAUUCAGGCGGCCCGUUGGUAAGUAAAACUGGCUCUAUCUGGGUCCAGGGAGGAGUGGUGAGUUUUGGAGAACCCUGUGCUCUGGCCAACUUCCCCACAGUCUACACCCGAGUGUCCCAGUUUCAGUCCUGGAUCAACAGCCAGAUCACCACCAACCUGCCGGGCUAUGUCGUCUUCACGGGGAACACUUCAAACUCUGACAGCGCUACAACCUCUGAGAGCAGUUUUACCUCUGGCAGCAGUACAACCUCUGGCAGAACUAUAACCUCUGGCAGCACUACAACCUCUGGCAGAACUAUAACCUCUGGUAGCACUACAACCUCUGGCAGAACUACAACCUCUGGCAGAACUACAACCUCUGGUAGCACUACAACCUCUGGCAGAACUACAACCUCUGGUAGCACUACAACCUCUGGCAGAACUACAACCUCUGAGAGCAGUUUUACCUCUGGCAGCAGUACAACCUCUGGCAGAACUAUAACCUCUGGCAGCACUACAACCUCUGGCAGAACUACAACCUCUGGCAGCACUACAACCUCUGGCAGAACUACAACCUCAGGCAGCAGUACAACCUCUGGCAGCAGUACAACCUCUGGAACCUCUCACCUGGUUUCCCUCUCAGUUCCUCUGCUGCUCUCCAUCUCCCUCUUUGUCCUUUCAUAUUUAAUUGUUUUUGUUUAAGGAUUACCAAGAUGUCUGGUUAUAAUUUUGAUUUGACUAUUUUUUCACUUAACUGAUUAAUUGUUUUGUCUUUAAAAUGAAGAUGUGUAAGCAUGUUAAAAUUAGUAUGUUAUUUGACAUUUGAAUUGUAAGGUUGUAAUAGGUUUGACUGACGUAUUAGUAAAUAAUAGGGGUGUGGAAAGACACUUUGCUCACGAGACGAGACAAUCAUUUUGAGCAUUAAACAUCUAAUUUCCUGUAUUCAUGUGAAUUCGUCUGCACCAAUUUAUGGUGGAAACAUCUUUAUUUAUGUAAAGGGAAGCACACUUGGCAGGUGACAUUUCAAAAUCUGAAACUAUAACAGAAUCUAAGUUAGUCCAGCUCUCAGUCAUUCUUUGCUGCUUUCAGAUCGGUUUCUCCUGUUGAUGAACUUUUUAUUUAUUUAAUCAUCCCUGCUGAGUCAGCACACAUGCAGGCAUGAUUUAGUCUUCCCUUCUCUUUGUGUCUUUGUUUGGGGAAGUCACCUCUUAAAGUGUGCAUUCGGCACCUUUUCAUCUCAAUGAGAAUUAAUUAAUAAGAUUAAUUCAGUUUUAAUUCAGUUAGAAACUCCUGGACUUUAAUAGCUCCUGUGUUUCAGUAGGUUUUCUGCUCAUAUUCAAAACUUUCUGCACAUUCAGAAUCUCUCCCACAGAUCUGUGCUCUGACUGAGCAGUAAGUCGUAAUAUUACAAGACUAAUAGAAUAAUAUUUUAAAAGGCUACCUGCCCUGUACUCCGCUGUGCAUUGUGUUAUUGCUCUGCUGAUAGUUUCCCCUUCAGACUGUUUGGGACUGCAUGUUGCAUGUGAAACUAACCAACAACAAAUUGUGAUCAGGCAGAAAUCUCACCUAAAAUCAA